AUGGCGUCGUUUUUCAAGAAACUCAAGGAUGAAGUCAAAGAACUUCUGAAUGAUGACGAUGACAAGGACAAGGACAAGAAAAAGAAAGAUGAUGAGCACACCAAAUCGCAAUCUACCGAUCCCAACUUGAACAAGCCUUCUGAUCCUUACCCUCAACAGCCUCAGUAUGGCCAACCACAAUACUCACAAGGUCAGCCGCAAGACCAUUACUCGUACGGUCAACCACAACAACAGCCUUACGGUCAAUAUGGGGGUGGCCCUCCUCCUCAAGCGGGAUAUGGCCAACCUCCAUCGGGUCCACAACUUCCACCCGGCUGGAUCUCACAGUGGGAUCCGAACAGCCAACGUUACUAUUUUCUCGAGCAAGCCACUGGUCGCACUCAAUGGGAACCUCCUGCGCCCGCAUGGGGUCCUGGAAGCCCACCCCCGGGUCCACCUGGAGGAGCACCGGGCUUUUACCAGAAUUAUGGCCAAGCCAUGCCAGCCGUUCCACCUGUCGCCGGUCACGAUGAUCAUGCGAGAGCCUUCUAUGGUGUCGAUCCUCCUAAGGACAAGGAUAAGAAGGAUAAGAAGGACAAGAAGGACAAGGAUUCAGGAACAGGCAAGCUAGUAGCUGCUGGUGUUGGUGGCGCUGCACUUGGAGGUCUUGCAGCUUUGGCUUUGUCAGAUGACAGUGACGAUGACCACAAGGCUGCCGCCCCCUACGCUCCACCGCCAUCAGGAGGCGGCUACGGAGGUUAUGGAGGUUAUGGCGCGCCCCCUCCAGCUGCUGCCCCACCGACAGAGCCCCCACUCGAAUACAAUCCAGAAUUGUCGUCAAGUCAGCGUUCGUCGUUGCAAGAAGCACGCGAAGACCUCGAGGAGGCCAGAGCAAAUGCUGCAGAUUCCGACGCCUCGAGUAGUGACCUUGAAGAGCUCCGCGAGGCUGAAGAAGAAUAUGCCAGUGAAGUUGAAAGCGCGCAUUCUGAGCUUGAGGAUUGA